CUCCUGACUCAUUUGUUUUGUUUUGUUUUGCACCAAAGGCACAUACUUGAGAAAUCUCGACACAAUAGGCCGCCAAUAUUCUCACAAUGGCUCACAUAAGAGAGGUACAAGGAAAUCUCUUCGACGCACCAGAUAGGGCAGCUUUAAUCCACGCCUGUAACUGCCUUGGGUCUUGGGGCAACGGGAUCGCAAGAGCUUUCACGCAGAAGGUAGUAUAUCCGGCCGCAUACGGAAUCUACCGCACACAUUGUCAAAAGUAUAAAUCUAAUCCAGCGUACAGAGUGACUUCGACUCCAUCAGAUGAACCGGACAAUUCUCAACCUACCAGAAAUCUUCGACUACCGGAGGGGACAGCUCUCAUUAUCCCGCCUCAGGAGAAAGACCACAAAGACGGAGAUAAGAAGCACUGGAUCAUCUGCUUGUUUACAUCACGGAAUUAUGGAAGAAGAGUCAGUACGGCUGAUGUCAUUAUCCAGAAUACGGAGCUUGCUGUCGCGGAUAUGGUGAGACAGAUUGAUGAGUUGCGGGCUGAAGAGACGGAGAUUGGGGAGCUCUGGUCGUGUCGGUUUAAUUCGGGGCUGUUUGGCGUGAAGUGGGCGCUUUCGAGGGCGGUUUUGGAAGAGGCGGGGUUGGAUGUUACUGUUGUACGGCCGAAGGGUGAAGAUGAGUGAUAGUGAGAACAUGCACUACAAAGCAUUUUAUAUCUAGUCCCUGUCAAAAC